AUGGAUGCAAUGAUCGCUGCAGAAAAUCAUGAUGCUUUGACAGUGAGUGCCUUUGAGUCUGAGCUGGAAGAGUUUUUACAAGAUACACCGGAAAUGCAUGAAGCCUUUGUCACUUACCAAGAGGCACGACAACGUCUUUUGGACCAGAAGCGCAGUCGCGGCUUCUGGCCACCUCGCGGUGGUGGUGGCAAGAAAGGAAGCUUCAAAGGUCGAGGCAAAGGUGGAGGAAAAGGGGCUCGCAGAGAGCAACUCUUGGCACGUAUCGCCAAAUCCCAUUGCCGCCACUGCGGCGAGAAAGGGCAUUGGAGGGCAGAAUGUCCUUCCAGAAACCGUGACAACCCUUCUCAAAGUGCAGCUGCAACAGCUAAUGUAGUUCAGCAGGAGGAUGAAGCCAUCCUGCCCAGCAUCAAUGAGAAUGAUGAGAUCUUCACGAAUGAGGAGCUGGACUUAGCAGAGGCAUGUGAGCGACCGGUUAGCACGAUACCUGAUGCCUUCGUUGUGAGCUGCCCCGACCGAUGUGAAGCCACUAGUGCGAUUUUGGAUACUGGUGCAAGCCGCUCAGUGAUUGGAUCAAAGGUUGUUGAAGGACAAAUGCCCUUCCUCUUUUCAAAGCGUGCCUUCAAGCAAUUGGGAGGCAUUUUGGACACCACUCAGGAUCGUUGCACUCUGAAACGUUUGCAAAAGACCAUCAAGCUGAAAGUCAAUGCUCUCAAGAACUUGGCCAAUCUGGUCAUGAGUGUUCUCACCAUGUUGCUCCAAGUCAGUAUGCAGAUGAUCGAGGGAGAGAUUCAGCAGGAUUCGGCCGAUCUGACUCAACACCUGGAACAGAUGUAUGGCCAACUGGACCAACAGAGGACUUUUCUUCAAGCACUGAUCAAUCAACAGCAGGGACGUAUGAGCACACCACUGCACCAUCCAGGUCCUCCAGAGACCACAAAUGCAACAGCCUAUCGCCAGGCGAUGGCCCAAAAGAGUCCAACGAGAUCUGCACCACCCAGAGAUGUGAUGAACAAGAAUCAGGCUGUCCCAAACCGCAUCGCUGGAAUUCCUCUUCCUCAAGGUGGAGGUUCAACUUCCGCAGUCCCAGAGCUGGACGGUUGUGGCAAUUCAACCGUUUGGGAAGUCAUGUCCGCAAGCUCCUUGGGAGGACACGUGCCUUUAGAAGAACUGCAGGUGGUCGCAGUUCAAACAAGUGGACCAGCCACGCUCCGCAGUGUGACACCAGGCAACAUCUCCAUUCACGAGUGGGGACAAAAGAUAGUCACAUGGGGCAAGAAGCAUCCAGGCAAGACGUAUGCAGAAGUGCUUCGAGUGGAUCCGGGCUACUUCAACUGGAGCAGCGCUCGAUACACGAGCCUUCCACCCAUCCAGCAGGAGUUUGUGGAUUACUGCCGUCUGAAGUUGGAGAUUGCCAAUCGUUUGAAUCAGAAACACCAACAGGAACUUCAACAAAGCUUUAACCAACUGACGGAGAUAGCUGAAGAAGUGUUUCUUGGACAAAAGGCCAGUGAUGCUCGACAUGGCAUUGAUCUGUUAGAGAUCUACGCCGGAACUCAAAGUCCGUUGACAGAUGCCGUACGUGAGAUGGGAGGCACAGCCAUCCGUUUUACCAGGAACUUGUUCACCUUCGCCUGUGUAAGCAGCUAUGUGCCUUCCAAGUUCGGCACGGUCGUCAGUUCCAUCUUGAGCAGGGUGUCCGAUUUGCAGAGUGAUUCGCAGCUUUGGCCUGAAGUUCCGACCCGACAGCACGAACCAUUGCUUGUCGAACCAGCAGGUGGUGACAGUUAUUUUCAUGCACAAUUGAAGAAGCUUCAGGAAAAGUUACCCUUUGGCAGUUUCAAGCAGAGAAGCUUUACUUUCUGCGGUAUCCAACUAGAACAAACACCAGAUUUCAGCAUUCAAGCAUCCCAGUCAGAGUAUGUCCAUAAGAUCCAAGCGAUUGAUGUGGGAAAACAUAGACGUGAGCAGCCGCAGAUGCCUGCUAGUGAUGCAGAAUUGUCCAAGCUUCGUGGACUGGUAGGUAGCCUUCAGUAUGCAGUGUCGCAUACUCGUCCGGACCUUGCGGCACGUUUGGGAGAAAUUCAGGUUCAAAUGGCUCAACCAAAGGUGGAAACAUUGUUAGCUUGCAACAAGGUUCUUCGAACGAUUCGAGACGAUGCCGAUGAAAGCCAACGAUGCAGUUGUGCCGACGAUGCAGUUGUGGCAAGGUGCUACGAUGCUGCAGGCUUUGAAGAGCAGCUUGCAGCCAUUGAGGCAGAACCACCGCCUGGCUUCUCCGAUAGCGAAGCCAGAGAUGCGGAGUUUGUUGGGUCUUGGGCAUGGCGAGCCACUGGCAUCGCGCAGAUUUCCCAGGGGUCAAGGAAGAUGUACUGGGGCCGGGUCUGGAAAUACAUGGUGCUGCAGGUCGCAGCUGGGGUGGCAGCAUGCGCGAGUGUGCGGCUUUUGAUGCAGAAGCAGCUGCCAGCAGUAGAACCCAAGGCUUUCUACAGCGUCCUGGAUGCAAGUUUGGUUGAGGGUAUUUACAGUGCAAUGUACUGCCUGGUGGCCCUGAACUGUAUGGUCUCCCUCCAGGGUAAUCCAAGAGGCUUGAGGAAUCAGUUCUUUCCGCUGGCCGUUGGCUUUGUCAUUAUCGCUGGUGGGCCACCCUGCAGUGAGGUAUCCGGUGGGUUUUUGAACCCAGCAAUCACCUUGGGAUUUUGCAUAGUUGGAGAUCAAGGCCACAACUUGCCGCGAGCUCUCUUUUUGGCAGCCGCACAGGCUGCAGGUGCGACGGCUGCAGCUAUCAUCUUUUUUCUCGUUCGUCCAGAGGAGCUGAUUGCCCUUGGGAUUGGAGUUGGAGAUGGCUUAAGCUGCAACCGUAUUUGCAGUGCUGUGCAGGCGCUCAACUUUUGUGGCCGAAGGAAGGACCCAACUGUCGAGGACAGCAACUCCGACGAAGAAGCCGAUGCAGAAGAUUCCGCCCGUAGAUAUCAUCCGCCAUGGGCGGCUAGAAUUAUCAGCGAGUUAGUUGGCACCUACAUUGUGGUGCUCACAUUUGGCCUUUGUGCUGUGGCCACCAAUCGCGUCCAAGCGGAGGAGGCCGGCAAGGCCCUCAUCGCUGUGGACAGCCAUCUUUCUGUCCGAAACCAGACAGGGGGCGCCGCUUCGGCUCCACAGGAAGCCAAAUUGGUUUUAUCGACACCGUAUUCCACUGGAGCAGCGGUGCUGUCUUUGACCUACUCCUUGGCAUCUGUUUCUGGAGCUCACUUCAAUCCAGCAGUCACAUUGGCAGUGGUGCUGAGCAGUCGAGACCCGUACGUUUGGGCAGAGGGGCCGACGCGAAUCCUUGCACAAGCACUGGGUGGGAUGGCGGCUGCCUUGACGUACUGUUUUGUGAGCAGAGGUCAGGAAAAGGUGGUGUCUCAACACCUACCACAUUUGGGCCCUGGCAGAGAUUAUUCUUGGGUUGCGGUGAAUAUCAGCGAGAUGCUCUUCACUCUGGCAGUGGCGUAUGUAGUCCUCUGCAUGACUACAGUGAAGGGUCCAAGGUAUCCAAAAGCCUCUUCAACUGCCAGUUUUGACUUUGGCUAUGCCAUUGGCUUCACUGUGAUGGCUGCAGGCUGGGUUACCCAAUGGGUCUCUGGUGGAAUGCUGAAUCCUGCAGUUUCCCUUGGAGUAGCGACGGCUCAAGUGUUGCAAGCUGGAAGAGCAGGUUUGGAGCCUUCGAACAUCACCAAGAUGGCGAGUUCGCUUUUUCAGUAUGUUGGCUGGCAAUGUGCAGGAGGGGGCCUGGCAGCCUUCCUGUUUUGGUUGGCGCAUCCUUUGCUGUACAAAAAGGACCCUUUGCUGGCAAAGUGA